AUGUCUGAACCGAACUCUUCUCGAAAUUCCGAUGUUGCCGGACAAAAUAAGUUGAAAAAGGUAAGGAAGUUUUGAUAUUAAACAUUCUGAAACUGAACAUUUUUCAGAUGCUGAAAAUGGCUCUUCCUCACGUUGGACUCGCUGUAUUUCUAUUUUUGUACUUGUUAAUUGGAGCCUACGCUUUCUAUUUACAAGAAUAUGAUGCUGAUAAAAUUUUACAAGAGGCAAAACUUGAAGUGAUAAGAAAGGUACUGUAA